AUGAAUGGACAAACAGAGGUCGCUGAUGAAGUUCCGUCCACUGAUACUUCUUCAAAGGAAGUAAUUGAGGUUGAGAAACCAAUGAAAUCGUCUCCGUCAGAACCUGUCGAGGCGGACAUCAAUGAAACCGUAGAACCAGCUCAAAAGAGGAGGAAAUUGUCAAAAAAAGAGCGAUACAUCCAGCGAAAGGAGGAGAGGCGUGAAAAAAGGAAGGCAGUGAAGAUGCGGAGACGGGCUAGACGUGCUGAAAAGGCUGCCUCGGCGGCGGCGGCUAAAGACAUCUCACCGAGGGCUCCGCCACCUCCGCCUCGAGUCUCCAUGGCUGAAUCGAAGUGCAAGACGCGUGUUGUGCUGGACUGUGCUUACGAUCACCUCAUGUCCCUCAAAGAUACUUGCAAACUUGCGCAUCAAAUAGCUUAUUGUUACUCAACGAAUCGACACCUACCAGCGCCGGUGCAGCUCUACAUCACCGGUCUUGGGAGCGCAUUCGAGAUCAAAGAAGGGACAGAGCAGCCCGCGGAGCUGCGUGAACCGAAGGAGCAGAGCACAUUGGCUAGGCUGCGUAGAAUCGGUGCUCAAAACUGGGACAUUCAUUUGAAAAUGGUAAUUUGUGCGAUUAGUUUUGUGACCAACCAAUUCCAUCUUUAUCCAAGUCCCAUUUUCGUUGUCCAUUCCAAUCACGCUACUUCUAAAGAGCUCUGUUUAGAGGACUACAGAGAACUCUUUCCUGCCUCUUCGAUUGUCUACCUUUGUGCAGAAUCAAAGAACGAUUUACCGGACACCUUCGUGCCCACGUUCACGUGCACAGGUGCCACCGCUGCUGAUCCGCCCGAUGGUAGUGCAACAACUGCCAUUGAGGACAUCUCCAGUCCUACCAACACAACUCCUCCCGUCUUCACCGUUGACGAUGUGUACGUAAUCGGUGGCCUUGUGGAUCACAAUCAUCAUCAGGGUCUCUGUUAUAAGCAAGCGUUGCAGCGUGGCCACCGGACAGCAAAACUGCCGUUGGAACGAGCGGGUGUGACGGUAGAGGGUAGACGAGUGCUUUCUCUGGUCCACGUCUUCCAAGCUCUUGCCUUCGUCCUAUCCGGUGCUCAUCCUCAAUGGCACGAUGCACUGCAUGCUGCACUUCCUCCACGCAAAUGCAAAUCAUAG